AUGGUCCAGCUCACUACCCUGCUCUGCAAGGCUUACCAUGGGGGCCACUUAACCAUCCGCCUGGCCCUGGGUGGCUGUACCAACCGGCCAUUCUACCGCAUCGUGGCUGCUCACAACAAGUGUUCCAGGGAUGGCCGUUUCGUGGAGCAGCUGGGCUCCUAUGACCCACUGCCUAACAGUCAUGGGGAGAAGAUCGUUGCCCUCAAUCUGGAGAGGAUCCGGCAUUGGCUUGGCUGCGGAGCCCACCUUUCGAAGCCUGUGGAAAAGCUUCUGGGUCUUUCUGGCUUUUUCCCUCUACAUCCCAUGAUGAUCACUAGAGCUGAGAGACUACGAAGGAAACGGGCCCAAGAAGUCCUCUUAGCUUCUCAGAAGACAGAUACAGAGGCUACAGAAACAGAAGAGAGCUGA